AUGCAGAAGAUAGAUAAGAAUAAAACCACAAAAAGAAAUGGCAUCUUUAAUCUCUCUAGCAAAAUUCUAACAGAGGAAGAAAUUAAAUUACUUGAAAAAUGUAUGAAUUACGCACCUGUAUCCAAACCCAAUCUGUUCAGGUUAUUCGUAGAUCUCAAUAAGUAUAUAUGCACCCUGAGUCGCAAACGUUAUUUCGCAUUGAAGGCCAUUAAAGCAAAUAAAAGUGAGGAAAGGCCUAUUUUACUUGAUCAGGAUGAUGAUAUUACUAUUGAGAUUCUGGAAUCAUUACAGCAGGAAGCUGAUACUGAUUUGGGACCAGAUCAUGAAUUAGAGGUCCAAAUAUACGAUGUGAAGGGAUCAUUUAGAAAAAAAUCGGAUUUUUAUCCGCUUAGCUACAAAGGACCCUUUAUAGAGAGUUUCUAUAAAUCCACACUAGCUAGUUUUAGGAAAAUCUGUGAAGAUUCUGAGAAGAAUCCUUAUGGAGACAACCUGACCCCGGGGGAACGAAUAGCAAUGAAAGCACGAGCUGCUCUGAACACUGCCAAGGUGGAGCCAGGCUCGACAUGUGCAGUGUUUGGCUUAGGAGGGGUUGGCCUGGCGGUUAUCAUGGGAUGCAAAGUAGCUGGAGCUACCCGCAUUAUUGGAAUUGACCUCAACAAGGAAAAAUUUGCAAAGGCCACAGAGUUUGGUGCCACUGAGUGCAUCAAUCCUGCAGAUUACAAAAAGUCCAUUCAGGAGGUGCUGGUUGAAUUGACGGAUGGAGGAGUGGACUAUUCCUUUGAGUGUAUUGGAAAUGUCGGAGUUAUGAGAGCGGCAUUGGAGGCCUGCCAUAAAGGCUGGGGUGUAAGUGUGAUUGUGGGCGUUGCUGCAUCUGGACAGGAAAUCUCAACUCGCCCAUUUCAGCUGGUCACUGAGCGGACUUGGAAAGGAACUGCUUUUGGGGGUUGGAAGAGUGUAGAGAGUGUACCCAAGUUGGUUUCUGAAUACAUGGCCAAGAAAAUUAAGGUUGAUGAAUUUGUGACUUACAAUUUGCCCUUCAGUUCUAUUAAUGAAGCCUUUGAACUGAUGCAUGCUGGGAAGAGCAUUCGUAGUGUUUUGAACUACAAGACGUUUUGGGAAAAAGCUGUACAACCGAGCGCAAUUCGUAGUUGAAACAUAGCAGUCUACAGUAUGGAAAAGUGUUUUCUCCAGCAAAGAAAUCUAGUUUCAAUCUCUCUUAACUGAUUACCUUUAUAUCUGA